AUGGAGGACAGGAAGAGACCAGCCAUCAACGGCCCUGACGAUCUUGCUCCGCCUAGUAAGCGACAGGCAGUGAAUGGCAGCGGCAAGUCUCGAGACGAUGGCGUCGACAUGAAGGACGAGGCUUGGAUCGAGCCUGAGUCGAAAGGUAAGCCGAUCGAUCUCCUCCCGCUCCACUUCGUUCCUGAGCGAGGGGCUGACUGUCUAGAUUUCCCAUCCACCACUAGCCUCCAUUUCAAGGAUAGUAAAGACUUCCAGCGACAUCUUUCCGAAAAGGGAAGAGCCAUUAAGUCUGGUCUGGAGUCCUUGUUCAACCGCUUUGCAGCUCGCCGUGGAGAUGUAAAACCCGAAAUUGUUGAACUCGAAUCUCAGAUCAACAACCUGCUCGCAAAUCAGAAGGAGUAUAUCGUAAAAUUGGCUCGUCUCGACUCGGAAAAGGAGUCGCUGUCCGAACAGCUUGACACAGCAACUUUACGCUACAUCAAGGCCGAGAAGAAGCUGGACAGAACCAAGAGCGCUCAAGUGCAGAAGCUGGAACAACAAGCUCUGGCUAGUGCAACAAGUCGCCCUGCUCCCACUCCAGCAGAAAACGGAAAUGAGCCCAGUGAAACUAAUGGUAACAAUGAUGGUCUCCGAGUGCAAUACCAGGAGGCAAUCGCGGUUGUAACCAAGCAAAAGGAGCAGCUGGAGUCUGCAUAUGCCGAAAUCAAGGGUUUGCAAGAGGAAAACACAUCCUUCAAAGCACGGCGGGAGAGUCUCACAGAUGAGGAUUACGCGCGAACCGAGGUUUUCAAGCAGUUCAAGACGCAAAACGAAGAUCUGAUCAAACGAAUCAACCACCUUGAGGCUACCAACAAGCAGUUGAGAGAAGAAGCAGAGAAGUUGCGAGCAGAGCGCACCAGCUUCCGUACCCAGCUCGAGCGCGAAGCUCAGACUGUUACGGGGGAGCUUGAGGACCAGAUCCAGCUCAAAGAGCAAGAUCUGACUCGAAUCAGAUCAGCAAGAGAUGAACUUCUUGCGGAUGUCAGCAUCCGCAAGGCUAGCCAGGAGCAAGAGAGGCUUGCCAUCGAACAGAUGAAGGAGCUAGUCAGCGCAUCCAAUGACCGAAUAGCGGCUCUAGAACUAGAACUUCAGCGCUUACGGCCGAGUGAAGAUGUAACAAUGUCCGAUCCUCAUCCAGAACUCGAUUCAUUGUCGUCCGCCGAGCUGAAGGAGAAGUUCCUGAAGUUGGAAAAGGACUUCCAGUCGAUCAACAAAGAACUCCCAUCCAUCGAAAAGGCUUACAAGAAGACCAGAGAUCUCGCGCAAAAGAAGAUCAUGGACUUCAACGCCCUUGAGGAGAGAAUUCAGGUUUUGACUCUGGAGAAGGGCAAGGCAGAUCAGAAGUACUUCGCAGCACGAAAAGAUGCGGAUAUUCGGAAUAACGAGAUAAAGAGUUUGCGGCACCAGAACGGCAAGAGCUCGGAGAUCAUCGCACAAUUGAAAGAUGCGGAGGCUCAAGCUCGUGCUCUCGUCAGCAACCUCGAGAAGCAGCUUUCAGAUAUGAAGCAGUCCAACACAACGGCGAUGGAGGAGAAUAGGGCGCUAAAGAGCUCCAGCACGGACGCGACUCGAAGAGCCGAACUCGUCAAAGCCCAGGUCUCAGACCUGACGAACCUGGCGAAGGCAAAGGAUGCCACAGUUGUGAUGGCGAAAGAACGAGCGUCUGCACAGGAAUCAGAGGUCGAGCGGCUCAAGGUUCGCUUGGACAACGUGCAGAAAGAACGAGAUUCCUGGAAGACCAAGAGCUUGAGCAAUUCCUCAGAAGAAGAGGAAAUGCUAAGAAAACUCGCUCUCUGCUCAGUAUGUCGGAACAACUUCAAGAAUACGGUUCUGAAGACUUGUGGACAUGUCUUCUGCAAUGGUUGUAUCGAUGCCAGAAUUUCCUCCCGCAUGAGGAAGUGUCCCACCUGUAGCAAAGCGUUCGACAAGCUGGAUGUCAUGGCAGCCCACCUAUGA